UUCAUUAUUUUGUAUCGUACGUCUCUUUAGAUGAUCUUCUCCUCCGAUCAUCAUUAACCUCUUUCAUCUUUCUCAAGUCUUCUUCUUCUCCGUGAUCUCUCUCUCUUUCUCCGGAAACGGUGAAAGAAGAUGUCGGCCGGUAACGGAAAUGCUACUAACGGUGACGGAGGGUUCAGUUUCCCGAAAGGACCGGUGAUGCCGAAGAUAACGACCGGAGCAGCUAAGAGAGGUAGCGGGGUAUGCCAUGAUGAUAGUGGUCCGACGGUGAAUGUAUCCACCAUCGAUGAGCUUCAUUCUUUACAGAAGAAACGAUCCGCUCCUACCACACCGAUCAACCAAGGAGCCGCCGCUGCUUUUGCCGCCGUCGCCGAGGAGGAGCGCCAGAAGAUUCAGCUUCAAUCUAUCAGUGCAUCGUUAGCUUCGUUAACGAGAGAGUCAGGACCAAAGGUGGUGAGAGGAGAUCCGGCGGAGAAGAAGGCCGACGGUUCAACUACUCCGGCGUACGCUCACGGCCAACAUCAUUCUAUUUUUUCUCCGGCUCUUGGUGCCGUCAGUGAUAGCUCCUUGAAGUUUACCCACGUCCUCUACAACCUCUCUCCUGCAGAGCUUUACGAGCAAGCUAUCAAGUAUGAGAAAGGUUCGUUCAUCACUUCUAAUGGAGCUUUGGCGACGCUUUCUGGUGCUAAGACUGGCCGAGCUCCGAGGGAUAAGCGUGUCGUUAGAGAUGCGACUACUGAGGAUGAGCUUUGGUGGGGAAAGGGUUCGCCUAAUAUCGAAAUGGAUGAGCAUACGUUCAUGGUGAACAGAGAAAGAGCUGUUGAUUACUUGAACUCCUUGGAAAAGGUCUUUGUUAAUGAUCAGUACUUGAACUGGGAUCCGGAGAAUAGAAUCAAAGUCAGGAUUGUCUCAGCUAGAGCAUACCAUUCACUGUUUAUGCACAAUAUGUGUAUCCGGCCAACUCAGGAGGAGCUGGAGAGCUUUGGUACUCCGGACUUCACUAUAUACAAUGCUGGACAGUUUCCGUGUAACCGUUACACUCAUUACAUGACUUCGUCCACUAGCGUAGACCUUAAUCUGGCUAGGAGAGAAAUGGUUAUACUUGGCACUCAGUAUGCCGGGGAAAUGAAGAAGGGUCUUUUCAGUGUGAUGCAUUACCUUAUGCCUAAGCGUCGGAUUCUCUCCCUUCAUUCUGGAUGCAAUAUGGGAAAAGAUGGAGAUGUUGCCCUCUUCUUUGGACUUUCAGGUACCGGGAAGACAACGCUGUCUACGGAUCACAACAGGUAUCUUAUUGGAGAUGAUGAGCAUUGUUGGACUGAGACUGGUGUUUCGAACAUUGAGGGUGGAUGCUAUGCUAAAUGUGUUGAUCUUUCAAGGGAGAAGGAGCCUGAUAUCUGGAACGCCAUCAAGUUUGGAACAGUUUUGGAAAAUGUUGUGUUUGAUGAGCACACGAGAGAAGUGGAUUACAGUGAUAAGUCUGUUACAGAGAACACACGUGCUGCGUACCCGAUUGAGUUCAUUCCAAAUGCGAAAAUACCUUGUGUUGGUCCACACCCGAAAAAUGUGAUACUUCUGGCUUGUGAUGCCUUUGGUGUUCUCCCACCAGUGAGCAAGCUAAAUCUGGCACAAACCAUGUACCACUUCAUCAGUGGUUACACUGCUCUGGUUGCUGGUACAGAGGACGGCAUUAAGGAGCCAACAGCAACAUUCUCAGCUUGUUUUGGUGCAGCUUUCAUAAUGUUGCAUCCCACAAAGUAUGCAGCAAUGCUCGCUGAGAAGAUGAAGUCACAAGGUGCUACUGGUUGGCUCGUGAACACUGGUUGGUCUGGUGGCAGCUAUGGUGUUGGAAACAGAAUCAAGCUGGCAUACACUAGAAAGAUUAUUGAUGCAAUUCAUUCCGGAAGCCUGUUGAAGGCGAACUACAAGAAAACCGAAAUCUUUGGAUUUGAGAUCCCGACUGAGAUCGAAGGGAUACCUUCAGAGAUCUUGGACCCCGUCAACUCCUGGUCGGAUAAGAAGGCGCACAAGGAAACUUUGGUGAAGUUGGGAGGUUUGUUCAAGAAGAACUUCGAGGUUUUUGCAAACCAUAAGAUUGGUGUGGAUGGUAAGCUGACGGAGGAGAUUCUUGCUGCUGGUCCUAUCUUCUAGAAAAACUACUACAUGAUGUUGUCGAAAAGAAAGAAAGAAUCAUCUAUUAUUAUGAAGAAUAAAAUGAGACUUGUGUUUUUGUUGUGUAUCUCUCUUGUCAAGAGAAUAGAGAAUAUCAUAUGAAGUGGUCUUCGAAAAAAGAACUUCCAAAAACUGUUGUUGUGGUGGGAUAUGAAUAUGAUUACCGUAUAUGUAAUUUGAUUACCCCUAUUGUUAUUUAUUUUUUAAAGGCUUGUGUCGGCAUUAUAUGUGAUAA